ACAGACAUGCACACAGGCAGACAGGCACAGCAUCCAGCGUUUUCUGGAGUAUCCAUGUACGCUUCGUGCACACACACACACACACACACACACAGAGAGAGAGAGACUCCCGCCCUGAAUAAGUCGCAAAAAACGCUUAACAGAGAAGUGCCCUUUCUGCCUGGCUGGCUGUCUCUUUCAUCCUGCCUUCUUGUUGUUUUUUUCGAUGCAGGUUGUCUCCCGCUUCGUCCUCGCCCUGCCCGCACGCAGACACAGACACUUCCUGACACAGACACACGCACCCACGCACCACUGGCUCAGCGGCGGACUGAACCAAAACCGCCGCCUGCUACAGCUGCACACACCGCCCCCGUCUCUUCACUACGUUUUCCAGCCCCCCACCAUAGCCGACUACAUUGAUUGAGAGUCAAUGAGAGGCACCCACGAAUAUUCACCCGGUGCUACCCGACGGGCGAGCCAUUGAAACACGCGCAUACACAAGUCAGUCACAAAACAGGUAUGGAUGGCAUGAGGGUCAGGGUCCCUCUUGGUAUCCUUCGCUGCGUCUCGCCUCGGAGGUCCCCGUUGUGGUGCUCGUAGCGACUGACGACCGGCGUUCGGCGAUGCCCUUCAGUGUUGGCGUCAGGGGCGGAGUGACGGUGGUGGGUGUGGUGCCGCCGGUGCGGCUGCGGCGCAGGCGUCUCGUGCCCAGAAUCUGCGUGUAGCGCAUCCUCAGCCGCGUGCGGAGCUUGCGGAGGCUCGGCCGCUGGGCGACGCUGCCGCCCUCAUCGUCGGUGUCGAUGUCCUCCCCCAGGUUGGCCAUGUACGAGAUGCCUCUGCGAAGGGCACCCACGCUCUGGCUGCGACGAGGGACGGGCGUGCGCGAUGGGACGCUCAGUCGCUGCUGUAGCGACACGGUGGACGACCGCUGGAGAUGAUACAGAUAGGAGGGGCUGGCCUCCGACAUCGCGAGGGUGGGUGUGAAUUGGCCGUCUCCUGCGAAACGGCGGUCCUCAAGCGGGUGCUCGGGGUCUCGCACCAUCAUCCUCUGCGGCAGCUCCGGUUCCGGCUCCAUGGGCAUGCCCUUGUAUGGGUCAUCCGAGUCGUCGGACGCCAGCGACAGGUCGUCCUCGUCUGCCUGCGACUGUGUGGGGGACUCCUCCUCGUCCAUGGCAUCCUCCGCCACCACAGGGUCGACGUUGGACACGCGGCGACGGAGCUCGUCGAAAUUCCACGGUUCCCUGCAGGGAGGCAUUUCGCAUGUGCAUGUGUUUCGUGAUCCUUCAUCCUUUCGUUCUUACUGGAACAGGUGGUGUCUGAAUCUCUCGCCGGACGCGUCGGGCCGUGUAGCGAUGACAGCAUAGACGAUGAAGGCGAGCAGAGGGGCUAUGAGCAGGAGAAUGAAAAUGGCACCCGUCCACGUGCGAUACUGCAGACAUCAAUCAAGCAAAGACAGAACCGAUACGCCGCCCCCCGUGCGUCUCCUUUUCUGUUGUGUGUCAUGCCUCGUCAAAGAGCCCUUCGGUGUGGAGCUGGCUGAAUGCCGUCCACAGGUAGAGCACCAGCAGGCACGCAGCGCAUAAGAUAGCGUACUCGUUGUUGCUGCUGACGAAGUACGGCCGAUACGACAGCAGACACGCCAAAUAGAGGCAGGUCACGGCACACGCCUGCAAUCCAACCAUGCAAUCGACGAUAGACGGAUGUCUGCUGGCUGGUCUCGCUCUCACUCACCACCAGGAGCUGCCAUGGCGCAGGAGUGAUGACCACCGCGGCCAAGCUGACAGGCAGGCACACACAGCGACAACAUCCGUGAAGUGAUUGGUGUAUGUUGGUUGUCGUGACUGCGUAUAGGAAUCUGAGGAUGAGUAGCCCCGCCUCCCACCACCAGAAGCGCGGGCAGUACUUGGCAUACAGAGGUGAUAUACGUGACAGCAUCGGCGUCUGCAGCACAACAUAGCACAAAACCACACACUCAGACAAGAGGCUGCUUUGUUCCCUGGGUGCCAUGUCACCUUAGUAGCAGGCCGUCUGGCGAGGACCUCGGCGAGGUCGUUAUAGUUGAUGGCUCCCUGCAGCCACUUGCGCACCGCCACAUGCACCACCCCCUCCAGCUCAUCCUCAUCACCCGGGCCCCCCGCAGGCCACCCGAAGCUGGCCGUCCGACCUUUGCGGAAUGCCAGCCCCGGAUUGUCCCCCGCUGCACCAGUGUAGCAGCUGCGCAGCCGGUCGAUCACGGCAGCAAGGCAGUUUUUGAUCCAGCGCCACAGCUGCUCAGCCCGGUCCUCGACCACCUGGAGGCCCCUGAGCACGCCCAGCAUGCAGGGGGUGGAAGUGGUGAGCAUCUGCUUCGACAGCGUCCUGUUCAGCCGCGGCUUCUCCUUCGGCGGGGGGGACGCCAGCUCUAGGAAGGUCUGUCGGCGGUUGUGUGCCUCGGACAUGGUGGGUGUGAGGCUGUUUGACCCGCCGAGCUGCUGCUGGUGUUGCUCGAGGUGUGGGUGGCUCUCGGCCAGGUUGACGGAGAAGGUCAUGCGUCUGCUCUCGAGCUCGGCAGCCACGGCUGCGGAUAUGGCCCACUCCUCUACAAGCUGGAUGGUGUGGAGUCUGUCGCGGCGGUUGACGGGCACCUCGAUCAGAGGAUUUCCCACCGUCUUGCCGUGCUGCUGCUGCGCACCGCUAAUGUUGGAGACCACUAACUCGGGCUUGCCCUUUUGGCGCACACUGAAUGGGGCCAGCAGAGUCCGGUGAGACCACAGCUGGCACAGGAGAGAAUGGAGGGAGGAGGAAGGACAAAGAGACAACGGCGACGUACAUCCGUGAGUGAGUGUUUUCUGAGGCUGUUCCCCCACCAGUGAAGAGAAGUAGACUGGGACUCCGAUGACGUAAAUGAGCAUCAUGGCGACCGCAUAGCCCCACAGGUAGAAGUACUCCUGUUUGCACACCACAGACAGUCUCCAUGAACGCAUCAAGGGAUCGGGCCCCUGUCCUCGUCUCACCUGCGAUUGGCAUGAGAGCGAGUAGUCUGCGAACAGGUAGGAGGCCCCGUCCUCGAAAUCGCCGUCGCACCAGAAGAACCGAAGCAGUGACACAGCAACUGCCACAGCGCGUACAACCGCCCGGUAUGAGUGACUCUGUAUAUGUUCCCUCCGCGUGGUACGUACCGGCGAAGUAGGCGAAGUUGAAGACCGUGACGGUGAUGGGUGUGACCUUGCUGAUCUCCUCCAGCCACACGUGCCCCAGCCCCGUGGUCACUUCACCCAUCCGCCCGCUGCGUCUCUCCCAUGCGAUCGACACCACACGCACCGUAGCCAUGAUAACAAACAGCAGGAUGAUGGCCAGUGGCGUGAGGGUGAUGAACAGCAUCCGCGAGAUGUAGUUGAAGCCCGCCAGCCCACAGCUCAGUCGGAACACCCGCUCCCAGUCAAUGUUGAAGAUGGCCAGCGACGCAGCCGCCUCGGCGACCGGCAGCGCAGACGCACAUUCAACUCGGGGAAGGACGCUGGACAAAACACACAGAUGGAUUGAGCUAAGGGGGUAUGCAGGCAGGCAAUGAGGUCCCCACUUACCGGCGAGCUGUAGGAAUAUGAUGAGGAUUUGUGUCUUGGGUCUCAUGUAGCGGAUGAAGUAGGCCCACAUGUUGCCCUGCGUGCCGCCGUCAGCCGCCAGGGCGUCUCUGGCGCCCUGUGGUGAGACGGUCACGCGGCCCCCCUCGACUGCCUCUCGCGCGCGCGGCCUGUCUAUCGUUUGGAUGAGCAGGCGGCUGGCCAAGAGCAGCAGCAGCCCCACCGCCACCGCCAUCAUUAUCUGGUCCAGAGUGGUCCUCCCUUCGUCACAUCGCACACACAUACGGGUCUGCACACACGAGCACACAGACACGAUGCCCGCCACAGCGCCGUUCCCAUAAACGACUUACGAGUUUGGCGUAUCCUUUCUUGCACACAGCGCAUAGACGUCCCUCGUAUCCCUCUGCACAGUAGACGUCAGACCACUCCUCCAGCUGCUGCAGGGCCCUUGUCGACUCGCCCAUGAUGUUGUGGGUCAAGGUCUUGUUAACACGGGUGGGUGGGGCGCCGCUGCAGCUCGACAGCAGCGGACACAGCCGCAGGGAAUUAGACUUGGGCGUCAGGCGCCAGUAGCCGGGCCUGCAUACAGGAAACAGAGCAAGGAAUGUAUGGCGAUACUUCGCCCGUGCUCAGUCUGCCUUUUUCUUCUCCUCACGCACUUGAGUCCAACAGUGCUGAUGUCCAGUGCCACACCAUCGCAGUCCAUGCCCUCCUGGCACUCCUGACAGUCCUCGAGGGAACUCCCACUCGACCCAUCGCCGUCGUCCGAGUCCUGCAUCGUGCGACAUCGCUGAUCCUCCAACGGAACGGGAUCGAAGAAACCUGACCAUCACAGCACAACACAACACAACACAUCACAUCACAACACAUUUCCUAAGGGUUUUUUUGGGCCUUUUGCUCGCUGGCUGGGACACUGACCGUUUUCGCACAGGCACUGGCAUUUCGAGAUGGCGCCCGUCUGGAGCGUGACUCGACGCGGUGGGCAGCUAGCGCACUGGCUGACGGUUGAGGUGCGCGAGGCGAUGGUGGGGUUGUACGUGUUGAGCGGGCACAGCUCGCACAUGCCGGGGAGGACCUCAUACAGACCCUUCUCGCAACGACAAGACUCAACUGCAUGAUAUGUGGCACACGCAGAGAUAAUAAACACCAGAACACAGACAGGGCAGACAUAAGAUGAGAGCCAGAGUUCAGCCAGCUGACCGGAUCGAUGGAUUCGCUCCGACUUGAGCGUGACUGUGUGUUCCGGGCAGGGUCUGCACACCUGCAAUGAAUGCACCGCACCACACACGCACACGCAUCCGAGCAAGCACGACUCUGGCGUUCCGUUCGUACCUCCCUCCCUCCCUCCCUCCCUCCCUCACCUCAGUGGCGUAUGGGUGAUCGGUGUCGAGUGACGAGUAUGUGUUGUCGCCGCACGGCUGACACUCCGUCCCGGUCCCGAAGUACCCCGGCUUGCAGCGGCAGAGGGCCGUCUCGUUGAGCGACGGGUCAGACGUCACCUUGUCGCACAGAGUCGUGCACUCGUACGUCGCAUCGGGCGACACUGGCGUGAAUCCAUCAGGGUUGGCAAACACCACCGACUCCGCCCCUUCCGGCCCGCUCGACUCGCGCUUUUCACUCACACUCCUGCAGCUCAGCAGCCGGCCCUCCUCGUCAUCAUCCGACGCGAUCAUACGGUGCACGGGCCCGCGGAGCGAUGGGUUGUCCGACAGGUCGAAGCCCGGCCGGUGUAGCCAGUACGUGGCCGGCACCAGCUCCGACAGAUUAUUGCCGCGAAGAUUCCACCCGAUGAAGUUGGGCAGUUCGGCGGCUUCCGCGAGCACCAAGGGGUCCAGACGCACCGACGUGAUGGCGUUGAAGGACAGGUCGAGUCGCUGCAGACUGCGAAAGCCGAACGAGACGGCGCUCUCGGCGAGGGUCUCGGCAUCCUGCCGCCGCUCGAAGUCCGAGUAGCCGUCGGUCGGUGUGUUGCUGAACGUGAGAGCCGCUUCCGUUAUCGAGCCGUGGAGGCCGCACGAGGACGCGCGGACGACCUGGAGGAAGUCAAGCGAGUUGAGAGGGGUCAGCAGCUUGGUGACGUCACAGUUGAUUGGAUUGUUCGACACGUCGAGCUCGGCCAUCUCGGGCCACUCUAUCAGGACAGAGAAGGACUCUUCCUGCCGCAGCAGAACGUCGAGGGUGGGGGUGCCCAUAGCGUAAUCAUCCCGCUCCUCAAGAGCGCCAUCCGUGUCGUUGUCGGGUGCAGGGGCCUUUCUGUCCUCUGGCGGCUGCCAUUCGGUGAGCUGGUUGUUGGACAGGUAGAGUUCCCGAAGUGAUGAUGAAUUCCACCAGCCCGCAGGGAUGCCACCCGUCAGCUGCGCGAAAGACACGACAGAGACAAUCCAGGGAAGGAUCGACUUGCACGCAGUGGUCCCAUUCCCUCCCCCCACCUUGUUGCCACUGAAGUCGGCCACCCGCAGCACGCAGCAUGGCGGCGACUUGGGCAGCUGGGUGAUCUUGUUGUCAGAGAGGUAGAGCUGCUCGAGGUUGGGGAGGGCCUCCCACUCAUCGGGAAUGGCUCCCUCGAAGUUGUUGUUGCGCAGGUCGAGCUGAAUGAGGUCUGUGAGGUUGGCAAUGCUGGCGGGCAGCUGGCUGGAGAAGUUGUUGCCGUCGAUCAACAGGUCCAGCAGAAUGGGCAAGUUGCCGAUGGACUCGGGGAGGGGGCCGUAGAAUUUGUUAUUGGAGAGGUCUAGAUAGUCAAACUCGGGCAACACAGGGAUGUCCUCGGGUAAUCGACCUUGUGGAUACACGGAUAGGCGGACAGGUCAAUAAGCACACAUACAAAUGUACAAAUCUGUCCAUCUCCCCACCUGUCAUCUGAUUGUUCCCAACGGCGAUGUCCCACAUUCUUGUGAGACGCCAAAUUGAGUCCGGUAAGGUCCCUAUACACAAAGCAAUAGGAUGGACCCUAGCAGCCCCUGAGCGGCUGGCUGCUUGGUUGCGCUUCGUUUGCGCACCUGUGAUGUGUCGGUUGCCCGUUAUGUCGAGUCGGACGAGGUUGUCGCCGAGGGUUGUGUUGGUAAUGAUGUCGGGGAAGUCGCCCGACAGCUGGUUGCUGUACACCCACAGAACCUUCAUGGGCACUUCGCGGAGCGUCAUCGGGAUGGAACCUGAAGAACAACACACAACGACAAAGAUACUCGCCACACGCGUCGAUUGUAUGUAAGAAGGAAUGUCUCCACGCACCUUCAAGCCUGUUGCCGUCCAGCAUGAGCUCAUUAAGGACGGAGAGAUUUCCCAGUGACGGAGGGAUCUGGCCGCCGACUCGAUUGCCUCUCAGAUCGAGCUUGCGCAACUCCCUCAGAUUGCCCAGGCGGGGGGGCAUCUCACCUGCCAUCAGCGAGACUUAUGUGAGCAUGCACACGAGUCUGCUCGUGGGUGUCUUCAUCUGUACCUGUGAUGUUGGCUCCCCUUAUAUCCAGUACCCUCAGCUGCUUCAGAUCGUCAAUGUGCUCAGGAAUGCGACCUACAGGCACGCACAAACAUAUGUAGGCAGUCGGAUGUCCCCACUCGUUUUUAUCACUGUCUCGACCUUUGGCUGAUGCGGGUAGAUUCUCGAACCGAAUGGCCAGGACGGUCAGGCUCCGAUACCGCAGGACACAGUCGCCCACUUCGACAUCGGGAGGCGUCUUCAUCGCACGCACGUCCACUAUUAUCAUACCGACGUUGCCAGGCUCGCCCACUUCACCAUCCGGCCUUUCCGCUGCCGCACACUCCUGUCCGAACAGCGGCGCCAAGGUGCCUGAAAAGUGCCAGUCGACGGUGAAAAGCACUCGCAUGUGCCGCAGCUGGGAUAUCUUCUCGUGCGGGAAGGGCACCGGGUCCUCGAGCACUUUCACGUCCUCAUAUUGGUCGGUCCACACGAGGGCAUAUCCCUCCGUGUGGCUGGCGGUGCUGUUGGAGAGAUAGGGUGAGGUGGGGAAGUCGGCCUGCGAGGCGUUGAAGCAAGCCACGUACGGGAGCUUGCACACGCUGAGGUUGUCGGAUGCGAUGCGCUCGACGAGCGGCUGGUCGUCGGGGUGGAGAGUGGAGAUCAGACUGAGAAGCACCGGCCGGUCCUCCUCGCAUGCCUUGCACUCGAACAGAACUGUCCAGUUAUCGCCCGACACGGCGUAGUCCCAGGGCAAAUAAUUGUCGAGUAACCAGUGGGUGCGGACUAUGUUGAGCCGCGCCUCUUCAGGUGAAGAUGCCUCCGGAACCUCGUCAUCGGCGUCGUCCUGCCUGAGCCGCCGGCUCCUCCCAGCCGCUCUCCGCCUGUGUGUGCGAUGGCGAUGCCGACGAGACAAGCAGACUGAAAAGACACAAGGGCAGCAGUCACAUGCAAAGCAAAAGAGGUGAAAGAUGCGUGUGAAACACUGUCAUGCGUCUGCUCAUCUGACUCACCCGCAAGAUGACAAGCAAACACGACCAGGAUGAAGAUGCUUCCCAGUCUCAUCUUUGCUUCAUCAAGCUGGUCUCGGCGGUCACUCUUUGACAGCGUUUGCUCC